AUGCGUAUUGUGGCAUCUAACUCAGUUGCAAUACAAAGAGGUAUAGGGGAGAUAGGGGUUAUGUGGACCGUAAGGUUGAACACUGUUAGGUCUUAUUCUGUAAAUCCUUUCUCCUAUGGGAGCCCAGCAAGGCAGUGGAACACCAUCAUUCUAUCUAGUAUAAUCGAGCUUCUUUCGAAGAAUUUACAACAAUUAAAGAUAAUGAAGAAAACAACCAAUCUAGUUGGCAAAUUCACACAAAGUGUUCGACGAAUAGUUCAAGAUGUCAAAGACGAGGGCGCCUCGAGCGGGCAGACAAAGGAAGAGGUUAUAGAAACAAAUGAGCGUCUUCGCGCCGUGCGCAUACGACUCGACGAAAACUAUGACACUGCGAAGAAAGCCCUCAUCACGCUGAUGGCAAGGUACAGCGAGUCGAAAUCUCAGAGGAACGUCUUCACACGAUAUGCGCUUCUCAAAGCAAUGAUUAAGGACGUAAUACGCCUAGAAACGCAAUAUUGGUCUCUCGUUGAAAUCCCGAAGCAAGAGAAAGCGGAAACCGUGCCGGCGUUUGUCCUCCGCGCUUGUGCUAUCAUGGAGAGGACACAGAAAUCUGGAGAAGGUGUCAAGACAUCCGCAAAGUUAGCAGAGGAGGCAGCUGAUAAGAGGGAGCGCUUGGAAAGAUUAAAUGAUAUGACAACAUCGCAGAUUGAGGCAGAGAACACGCAAAUGACAAAUGAUUUAUACCGUCUACUGAAAAAAUACACGGGACUGCGAAAUCUUAUUAGGGAACUCAAGAAGGACUACGUCAGCUCCAAAGUGUACCCGAUGGUGCCCCGAUACACGAUGCUGAAGGACAUGAUCAAAGACAUCAUGCACGACCCUGACUACAUGGAGGUCUGCCACGAAGUUGAUCCGUAG